CAGUGUCACCUCUUGCACCCUGCGGGAGCAGAGAAGCUGGACGGCAAGGGCCUGCUCCACUGCACUCUUCAGUCCUGGGGACUCCUGGAAGCCCUAUCUCUGGGGCCCCCACCCCCAGAUCUCCUUAGAGCUAAUUCCAUCAUCAGAGCCAGGAACACGGAAACAGCCGAAACCCUGCCAGCAGCCACUGUCACCAGAGAUGCUGUUCAUUGAGCCCUCACCUCGUGCCAGGCCCUCUGCUGGGCACUUUACACAAUGGACUCGCAUUUAACUUCUCAACAGCAUGUUUUACAGACUUAGCCAGGAUCACACGCUGGUAAACAGAGGGCUGCUCGAGCGGCCAGUGCUGCCCCCGCCUGUGGCCAUCGACACUGCCAGCUACAAGAUCUUCGUGUCUGGGAAGAGUGGUGUGGGCAAGACGGCAAUGGUGGCCAAGCUGGCUGGCCUGGAGGUGCCCGUGGUGCACCACGAGACCACCGGCAUCCAGACCACCGUGGUAUUUUGGCCGGCCAAGCUGCAGGCCAGCGACUGUGUCAUCAUGUUCCGCUUUGAGUUCUGGGACUGUGGGGAAUCUGCGCUCAAAAAGUUUGAUCACAUGCUCCCGGCCUGCAAGGAGAACACAGAUGCCUUCCUCUUCCUCUUCUCCUUCACGGACCGCGCCUCCUUCGAAGACCUCCCUGGGCAGCUGGCCCGUGUCGCAGGCGAGGCCCCGGGUGCUGUCAGGAUGGUCAUCGGCUCCAAAUUUGACCAGUACAUGCACACGGAUGUGCCGGAGCGGGACCUCACAGCCUUCCGGCAGGCCUGGGAGCUGCCCCUGCUGCGGGUGAAGAGCGUGCCAGGGCGGCGGCUGGCCGAUGGGCGCACGCUGGACGGGCGGGCUGGGCUGGCCGACGUUGCCCACGUGCUCAACGGCCUCGCUGAGCAGCUGUGGCACCAGGACCAAGUGGCAGCCGGCCUGCUUCCAACGCCCCAGAGAACGCCCCCCAGGUGAAGGGUGGUGGCACCAUGAGUGGGCACCUGUGAUCCCACUGCUAACCCUCAGGUGACCCAGGAUGGAGGGUAGGACCCCAGACCUAAGGCUGGGACACACAUACUGACCCCAUCCCGAGGACCGGCCAGAGGAAGAUGUGGUCUGAGAAGCCCCCGGCCCCAGCAGGGCUUUCCCCACAGAAUUUUUGGCAGUGAGGCGGGGCACAGGCCCGGGGCAGGAGUCUCCUCAGCAUCCUGCUGCCCUUCCACCUCCAGCAGCAUCCUGGAGGGCGACUGGGGAGGAGGCUGCCUCAGCAGGGCCCUGGGCCUCAAGCGACUUCAAUCAAGGCACCGGAUUAGUUGAGGUGACACCACCUUCGGUAACAGAUAAACCCUGAGAUCCAUAGGAGUGAUUUUUCUUGCUCAGGUCUCACCGCAGAAGGAGGUGCAGGGGGCAGGGGGGGCUCUGUUUCAGGUGCCCGUUCAGAGACCCAGGUCAGGUCACCCUGGGGCAUCAGCAUCCAGUCAGCAGAUGGGGAUGAGUGCAAGCGGAAGGUCACCCAGGAGGUCCCUGUGACCAGGCCUGGAGGGUGUGCCUCAUUUCUGGGCACUUUCUGAUGGCCGGCACCCAGCACCAGCCCUGUGGUCACGUGGAGCUGUGGGGGCUGGGAAACAGAGCCUGCCUGUGUGUCCAGGAGGAGAGCCAUCACUCUGCUGUGCCUUGCCAGACCGUGGAGCUGCCAGGCCUGGCUAAGGACAGGGUCCCUGCCAGCCCAGGGAGCAGAAAGCAGGACUGGGCAGGGCCAGGGACCAUACCAGGUGGGGGCCCUAGCCAGAAGGAGCUAGGACAGGAGCGGGGAGGUCAGUGAGCAGGCCAGCCCGUGCCAGCCCUGCCCCUGGGGACACUUUCAGCCAGAGACACUGGUGGAAGUGGGCCAGAGUACAGGUGGGGGGAAGGGUGCCUUUACACUCUCACCGCAUACUCGCCCUGCCCCAUAGAUGGACCCCCAGGCCAAGGCCUGGCCUGAGUCUGACCCCAAGCAGGGUGACCCCAAAGCCUGCUGACCCUUGGAGUUGCCUGUUGAGAAGGCGGCCCCGCAGCUCUGCACAGCCCAUGCCCCCAAGGCGUGGUCAUGAGCUCACACGCACCAGCGCCAGGACUGCAGCGCUUCCCCACUCCCACCUCCCGGCACGCAAGGGGCCCACACUCCUCUUUCCAUGGUGCAUGUCACCUGUCCUGAUGCCCACACACCUGAGCACACUGCUGGUGUGCCCCGGCACACUGCCAGCCUGUCACCCUGGGCACUGCCCCCACGUUUGUCAACCCUUCCAGGGUCUGGCCAGAGGAGCAUGGAUUUCAGCUCCUCCCACUCCCAGCUCAGGCUCAGAGCUCAACUCUGAGCUCAUCCCGUAUCCCAAGAAGGAAGGUCCCUGGGCAGGACCCUGAGCCUCAGAGUCUGCAGGCCUUCCCCCUGCAGCCACACCUGUCCGGCCGUUCCCCUCAUCCCUAACUCCAGUGGACCUCACCUCACCUGGGCAGCCGCAGAGUGUAGGGGUGGGGCCCGGUGACAGCAGCCCCGGGCCUGGCUGUGAACCUCCAGCUACAGGCACCUGUGUUUGAGCACCAGCUACUUCACAUCCCAGUCAGUUAUGUCUGGCGCAAAACUCCACUGGGAAGGAGGCUUCCCGUCCUUCUUGGGCACCAGCUCAGGCAAGAGCCAGAAGGCUGCUCUGGAGGAAUAACCCGGAUCUUCCCACUGCAGGGCAGGCUGGCUAGCACCGCUCGGGUCACCCACCUUCACCCCAAACCAAGAGGUGAACCAUUCCCUCCGUGUUUCCCUGGUGAGAACAAAGUGGAAAGGCACUGCCACCAUUGGCCAUCCAGGACUCUACCCAGCCCACCCCAGUGCCGCUUCGGUAUUUAGCAGGCCACCCCCCUACACAGGGGCCUCCAGCACGGAGCAGGACUGGGCAGAGCCAGAAUUCCUCUAAUACCCUGUGGCUGCACCUCCUGGGCCGUCUCUGGGCAGGCCGGGUGGAGAGCAGGUGAGACGAGAGUGUGUGCACAUGUGCCUGUAUUUAUGCGACUUCACUGGUCUGCGACCAGUGUUGUCAAACAGGCCCCUGCACGCAGAGGGUCCCACGCCUGGUUUAACACUCUGCUGUUGCCAUCUUGAAAUUAUUAAUAAUUUUUGAACAAGGGCCCCUCAUUUUCAUUUUGCACUGAACCCCGCAAAUUAUGUAGCAAGACCUGCACACAUUGUCCAGGGAGGAAGUCUGGGCUCCAGAUAAAGCUCUUUUUCUCAGGGCCUUGGAGACAGAGGCUGCCUCUGCAAAGUGUCAAAAGGCCAGCAGGAAGUCAGCUUCUUCCCAUUCUGGUGCCAGAAAUGGCCGCCAUUAGGUUAAGCCGCACAACAGCUUCUCAAAAGCAAAUAAAUACCCCUUGACUCAACUCACUCCACUAGGGGUGGUGGUGAUGCCCCCAGGCUGGCUCAGGGGUGGACCCUGACUCCGAGGCAAGAUUGGAAAAGGGUAGUUACUCCUCAGGGCCCUGAGCCCUGGACUUUGGGGCUCGGAGGGAGCCGGUGGGGGGAGGGCCUACCUUCCCUGGGGUAGGAGUGGGAGUGUGUGCGCUGCCAGGCCCAGCACUGGUGUUUGUCCCAGAAUCAGGACUUCCCAACCAGGGAGCCCUAAGCCCCUUCCCUACAGAUGGGGAGGCUGAAGCCCAGAGAGGGACAGGAACUUGCCCAAGGUUGCAGAGCGGGGAAACAUCCAGGAUUCUUCUAGCCCCCUGGACCAUCCUCCCCUCAUCUGCUAAUGCUGUGUUCUGGGUCUAGCUCCUCACUGGCUCCCCCUGGUCCUUCCUGCUUUUCCCACUGGAAGCCUGGGGCUGCCUGUAGGAGGGAAAUACAGAGGUGGCACCUCUAUCCCUCCUCCCUGCCUCCUCCCUCCUCUGCCCUUUUUCUUCUCCCCUCACCCUUCCCAGCCCACAGUGAGCUGAUAGUGAAGCUCCUGCCUGCAGCCAGCAGAGCCUGGCCUUGGGCACAACAGGGAGGACCCAAGGUGGGGUCUGGCCCUGGAUGAGGAAGGGGAAGCGGCAGCCAGACUUGCAGAGGCUGCUGGGCAGGCCACUGGGACCUUGGGUGAGUCCCCGGUGGGGAUGGAGCUUCCUGGUCGUGCCCUAGAUCUCCUCACUCCCUGGCAGCCUCGUACCAGCCAUGACCCCUAUGUGCCAGGCCCAGACUAGGGGAGGGGGAUGUGUGCCCAGAUGGGAGCAGGGGGCUCAGGGCCCAGGACAGUUUGGAGGCAUGUGGGGCAAAUCCUCAGGGGGCCAGAUCAGAGCGGGUAGUGGGGAGGUAGGGGGAGUUGAUGUUCAACUUUAUUCUAGAAAGAAGAGGUGGAUCCUGGAAGCAGAGGGAAGGGACUGAGGUUU